UCACUUCGAUUGUAUUGUAUUUUUUCAAAUAGAAAUGAGUGCGGACGAAUACAAUACGGUUGCGAUAUUAUUAAUUUAAUUUUCUUAUUGAAUUACUAACGUGGAAGUUUAAGUGUUUUAAAAACCAUGGAGGAAAAAUAUAUUUUAACUUUAGACAUAGGCACUAGCACUAUUCGCUCUUUUAUUUAUAAUACUAGAGCUGAAAUAGUGGGAAGAGCGGUUGAUCAGGUGGUAUUGCAUUAUCCGCACCCUGGUUUCGUUGAAAUAGAUCCAGAUGAACUGUGGGCCUCAAUAGUUGGUGUAGUAAAUAUAUCAUUGAAGGACGCCCAAUUAACAGCUGGUCAGAUGACGGCUAUGGGUAUCACCACCCAAAGAGGUACAUUUAUAAACUGGUCUCGGAAAACCGGCAAACCAUUCCACAAAUUUAUUACAUGGAAAGAUUUAAGAGCUGACAAAUUGGUCAAACAAUGGAACGCUUCAUAUGUAUGGAAGCUAUUCAAAGCAAGUGCCUACGUAUUGUACCUUAUUCUAAGAAGCAAAAGGUUCAAAGCAGGAAGUGUGUUCAAAUUUAUGAAUACUCAGACAUGUUUAAGAUUAAACUGGGCGUUCCACAACAUAGCUGCCUUCAAGACUGCCGUGCAAGAAGACGACGCUCUCUUCGGAACCUUGGACACGUGGCUAUUAUACAAAUUGACAGGUGGUAAGGUUCACAUGACGGACGUGUCGUCAGCGUCGGCUACGGGUUUUUACGACCCAUUCACCAUGCAGUGGGCUGGCUGGGCGAUGACCAUGUUGAAGAUACCCAGAGCAGCGCUGCCAGAGGUCGUUGAUACCGCCGGGGACCACUUUACUAGUACCAUACCAUCUAUAUGGGGACAUCCUAUACGAAUUGUCAGUUGUAUGGCUGACCAAACAGCAUCAAUGUGGGGUUCAUGUUGCUUCGAAGUAGGUGAUGUGAAACUCACAAUGGGUACUGGGACCUUCUUCAAUAUCAACACGGGUACGGAACCACAUGCUAGCGUGUCCGGUCUGUAUCCCAUCGUAGGCUGGAGGCUUGGGGAGGAACUCAUCUAUUCUGCAGAAGGAGCGAACAAUGACACCGCUUCUAUCAUCAAGUGGGCACAGAAUUUAGGGUUGUUUGAUAGUCCAGAAGACACAGCAGACAUCGCCACCUCGGUGCUGGACACAGACGGAGUCUACUUCAUACCGGCAUUCAGCGGGCUAGGGCCCCCUUACAAUGACGGGUCAGCAGCGUCAGGUUUCAUCGGCAUGAAACCAUCGACGACGAAGGCUCACCUAGUGCGCGCCGUGCUCGAGUCCCUCGCGUUUAGAACUGCGCAACUAUACAACUGCGUGCUCAACGAAACUAACUACUCCUUCCAUACUAUCAGACUGGAUGGUGGUGUGUCAAACAACGAUUUCAUCGCUCAGUUAGUGGCCGACCUUACAGGACUGCGCGUUGAACGACCGGUCCACGUAGAAAUGUCCUCGCAAGGAUGUGCCCAUAUAGUUGGAUACAAAUUAGGUAUAUGGAAAUCGAAAGACGAGCUGAGGAGGUUACGCAAAAUCGAGUGCGUGUUCACUCCGCGGACGUAUAUGAAGAAGUCGUACGAGGUGACGUUCUCGCGGUGGCAGGACGCGGUGCGGCGCAUGUGCGGCUGGUACAGCGGCGGCGCGGAGGCCGCGGCCGGCGCCACCGACUGCGCCGCGCCGCUCACGCCGCAGCCCAGCUUCAAACUGCUCCCCGCGCGCAAGAAAAACGGUAGUAUAUCCAAAUAGCGGUGGCUUUACUGCCUCCUCGCCGCCUGCGCCGCGUGCCUUCCCAUAUACAGAUGAUACACGUCCUGCAAACACUUAAUCAAAGUGCUCCAAUACCUCCUCUUCGUGUUACAAGAUUUCCGACGCAGCAUAUAGUGCCAGUCAAACUCAGCUCGUCCGGUGAACUUGUUAAUUAAAUGAACUUUUUCGAUGUACAGUCAAACUGCACGUCGGUGAUAUCACUAAUCUCCAAGUAAUGUACUUUAUUUCGUGAGCAAAAAUGUCGAGUUUCAUAAAUCGAGUGUAAAUAUUGAAGUGACGUUAACCAUACUACUCAAAGUGGUAAUGUGAAUUAUCGUUUUAGUGCCUGUUAAAAUAUUUAGAUACUGAAAUACUGUUAAGCUAUAUCAAAGAUUUAUAAUCGUUAAGAGAAUAAUUUAAUAUUAAAUAUGAUGUAAAUAGUACGCCAGAAAUUGCGCUUUAUUGUAAGUAGUGGUGGUAUACCCGGUGUUUGUUACGAGUAUUUGUCACGAAGGAGCGUAUACGCACAUUUACGUACAAAUACGUACGUAUCCGUGACAUCAACACUGAAAACAGGCCCGGAGUCAAACCCUUAGGUGUCUUAGGUAUCUAUAUGCAAUAUUCCCGCUCAAAGGUUGGUGAUUGGUGUUAGAAAACGUAUGUUUGUAAAAUUACAUCUUAUAAAUUGUUAUUUCGUAAUUUCCACGUUGUAAUUACUAAUUAUUGAUUAUUGAAAUCUACUAAAAAACUCUUUCUUAAUGAGGCCAUAUAACAUAGCAAUAUCUAAAUAAUUUUGACCAUUUCAAAAUUCUAAUAUUGAACUGUCACACAUUAUGAUUUUGUAUUUAAAAUGAAAUACGUAUCUGGUAUCAG